AACCAUUCACGUAAACGGGGGCAGCGCUUCGACCAGACCCCCCUUUAUCUGUGUAAAUAUUUGAGAGAGAGUCUCAUUGCUCGAAACAUCUGUGUGUGUGGAGGGUUUGAAGCAACUUCUCAUCAUCAUGAGCUUGUUUUCGGCGCUCCGCUGUGUGGUGCUCAUCUCGCUGUGUGGAACUCUCGCAAAGCACCAAGCCAACGCGGGCAUGUGCUGGCUGCAGCAGGGCCAAGAGCCACGCUGUGACAUGGUGCUGAUGCGUGGUGUGAGCAAGGAGGAGUGCUGUGCCGGAGGUCGUUUGGACACCGCUUGGUCCAACACCAGCCUGCCCAUCAACGAGGUCAGUCUGCUGGGCUUCCUGGGAAUUGUGUCCUGCAAACCCUGCAAAGAGACAUGUGAAGGAGUGAAGUGUGGCUUGGGGAAGGUGUGUAGGAUGAAGGGUGGCCGUCCUCAGUGCAUCUGUUCCCCAGACUGUUCCAGCAUUUCCAGAAAGCAUGCUGUCUGUGGGAGUGAUGGCACUACAUACAAAGAUGAAUGUGCCCUCCUAAUGUCUCGCUGCAGAGGCCACCCUGACCUUGAGAUCAUGUACCAAGGAGAGUGCAAGAAGUCAUGCUCCAAUGUGGUGUGUCCCGGUACCCACACCUGUGUGACAGACCAGACCAACAGUGCCCACUGUGUGAUGUGCCGCACAGCUCAGUGCCCGAUGCCCGUGGUCAAUAGUCAGACCAUCUGCGGCAACGAUAACAUCACCUACCCAAGUGCCUGCCAUUUGCGCCGUGCCACCUGCUUCUUCGGCCGCUCCAUAGGAGUGCGCCAUUAUGGCCACUGCAGGAGUAAGGACUAAACACCUGUGGAUUAAACACCUUCCAUAUACGGUAAAGAAGGUAGUGAGGAGAAUUCACUCUAUUAGGAAUCUUGGCUUUGCAUGAGACCAGCUUGUACGUCCGAUGAUAGCACAGUUUAUGUGAGCGAGUCAUAACCUCCUGACACAGUCAUCCGUUUUGUUAAGCGAAGCACUAGAUUCAUAAAGUACAUAUUUCAUCAGAACUGUGCACCUCUCUUGCUCUCUGGUAUGGUACUUUAAGUAAUGUACAUUUGAAAAGAUAAACUGUUGUUCGAUUUGGACCUGACCAUGUGCAUAUUGUAAAUACAUUACUGCUCUUAUUUAUUGGAGAAAACUGCUUCUCCAAACGUUUGUUUUUUUAUUUAUAGUUCCUUUCGUUCGAGCAGAAUAUUCCCAGAUUGACUGCUUUCAAACUGAUAUUUAUUGCGUCCUUAUGUACAGACCAGUUAGAGUAUAAUAAUUGCUCAUGUAAAAAUUAGGUAAUGAAAUGCCAUGCUUUGCUAUGCGUCUAACUCUAAAAAUAAAUCAUAUUGUAGCAUAUGAUAUACGCUGCCUGUAACUGUCUUAAGGAAAUGUCCCUAGAUGCACCUCCUGCAGAAAGCCAUGCACCAAAAAAGGCGGCGUUUUACACUCUGGAGACGAUUACAGAAAUAAUGCCAAAGGGAGGUGUGUGCUGUUCGAGUUCCACUCCCUCUUAUCUGGAGGUUAAAGAGUUUGCAGACAUAGAGAGCCGAGCUUCCAGGCCUGAUGCUAUACCUCUUGCACGAAUGCUACAUUGGCACGAAAUCUACAACAUGCUUCCCACUGAGCAACGAAAUUACCAGCUACAGUGUAACGCACUUUUUUUUUUUUUUUUAUGAGCAGGGCUGGGUCAUUCAAAAAAAAAGUUCAGUCUGUUGUACUAUUUUAUGGUUCUCGGGUUACUGUUGCAUGAGUGUGCACAUUUGUGAAGUACUUGAGUGCAUUAUUUUUAUAAUGCAAACCAUUCUUUUUUUGAACAAUGAUAUUAAGUGAAUCUCCUCAGAAGUACUUUGGUAAUCUGUUAUGUUUUGGAAACAAGUGACCGGACAGUGAUUUAGGCCUACUCAUUAAAAGACAUUUUUUAUGAAACACAUAUAUCCUUGUAAAUAUAUUUUUCUUUUUGCAGUCUUUGUGUAUCUACUGUAAGAUUUCUUAAUGUAGCGACUUAUUUUUGUAUUUCAAUACUGACAUUUUUAAUCUAAUUAAAAGAGACUUCUUGGUUUA